CCCCUGCCCCUGCCCCUGCCCUCUCUACGCUACGCACAUUACUCUUUCACAUUUUUCUUUUUCUUAUUUCUCUUUUUUCCCUUGCUAUUUGCUAAUGCUACCCCUUCUCUCUUUAUCUUUUUCUCUUUUUCUUUCUCUCUUUCUUUCCUAUACUAUCAGAUACUGUCCAUUGCAACUAAACAAUUAAUUACCGGUUAUGAAUCCCAACGUGGAACCACCGUCGCAUCCUGCAUUAGCACCGCCACCGCUACCUCCGCAACCUCACCGUCCUUCCACUUCAUGUGACCGUCACCCUCACGAACAGUUUACUGGCUUUUGUCCCUCUUGCCUCUGCGAACGUUUAGCUGUGCUCGAACCUUCUUCUUCUUCCUCUUCUCGGAAACCUCCUAUCGCUGCCACUACUUCCACCGCUACUGCUGCUCUUAAAGCUAUUUUCAAGCCUUCUGGUGGAAGUGGUGCUCGACCUGGGUUUUUCCCUGAGAUCCGGCGGACCAAGUCCUUCUCGGCCUCUAAAAACGAGGCUUUUUCUGGGGUUUUUGAGCCUCAGAGGAAAUCUUGUGAUGUUAGGGGUCGAAGUACGCUUUGGUCACUGUUUUAUGAAGACGGUGAGAAGGACCUGCAUGCUGCUGAGAAUGGACCGUCUUCUGAAAUUGUUGAGGUUGAAGGUCGAAAUUUGGCUUCUUCUUCGAGUGUUGUUCAAGGUCCUGUCUUUGAAAGCAAAGAGGAAGACCAAACUGAAAGUGAAACCGAUCGCCAAGACGACAUAGAGAUCAUCGAAGAAGAACAAGUAUCCACUGUGCCUGUUGCUACUGCGAGUUUUACUUUAACCCACGAUAAAGUUGAAGAAAUUGAGCAAGAAUACGAAAAGGAAUCGUGUCUAGAAGAGGAGCUGAAGCCCAUGAAAUAUCAUAUAGAUCUUGAUUCUCAAACAAAGAAAGCUUCUGGAAGGGAUUUUAAGAUUGCUGGAAGUUUCUGGUCAGCUGCUUCAGUUUUCAGCAAGAAACUACAAAAAUGGAGGCAAAAACAGAAGCUUAAAAAGACAAGAAAUGGAGGUGGGUCUGCGAGAUUGCCGGUGGAGAAACCGAUUGGGAGACAAUACCGAGAAACCCAAUCGGAAGUUGCAGAUUAUGGGUUCGGGAGAAGGUCUUGUGACACGGAUCCAAGGUUCUCUCUUGAUGCAGCAAGGAUGUCAUUUGAUGACCCAAGGUAUUCAUUUGACGAACCCAGAGCUUCUUGGGAUGGGUACUUAAUUGGAAGAACAUUUCCAAGAAUGCCUACCAUGCUUUCUGUUGUGGAAGAUGAUGCUCCAGUUCAACAUGUUAUGAGGUCUGAUACUCAAAUCCCUGUGGAGGAUCCACCACCACCACCGGUGGCGGCGGCGGCUAUGAAUUCUAUUAAUGAGGAUCAAUCACUCCCUGGAGGAACAGCUCAAACAAGGGAUUAUUAUUCUGAUUCUUGUUCUAGGAGAAGAAAGAGUUUAGAUAGGUCCAGUUCUAUUAGAAAAACUGCUGCAGCUGUGGUCGCUGAAAUGGAUGAAAUGAAGUCGGUUUCUAAUCUUGAUUACAGCAAUGGACAUAGGGAUUCCAAUUCCAAUUCAUUGAGAGAAGAUUAUUCAGAUACAUUCGAGAUUGGUCUUAGAGACAAUGCGUCAUCAGUGUAUGGAAAUGGGGAGCGGAAAGGUUCGUCUACUAACAAGUGGCGUAGGUGGAGUAAAGCUUGGAAUAUUUGGGGGUUUAUUCACAGGCGAAGUGUUAAUAACAAGAAUGAGGACGAAGAUAGGUAUUGUAGAAGUAAUGGCGUGGAGAGGUCGUAUUCAGAGUCUUGGCCGGAGUCGAGAGCAGGUUUCGAUCCGAAAGUAUUGCGGAGCGUAAGCUGGCGGAAUAAUUCAAGCAGUUUCGGUGGUGCAACUGCAAGGAUGAACUAUGUUGAGUCGAAUGGACAGAGUAAGAAGAAGAGAGAGGAGUUCGUGUUGGAGCGUAAUCGAAGUGCAAGAUAUUCACCAAAUGACUUUGAUAAUGGACUGUUAAGGUUCUACUUAGCACCCAUGCAGGGUAGCCGAAGAAGUGGGUCAGGCAAAAACAGGGGAAGCCAUGCACAUUCAAUUUCCAGUAGCGUACUCAGAUUGUACUGAAUUUUCAGAUUCAUAAGCUGUUUUUUCUUUGGGUUUAAACGUUGUUAAGUUCACUGCAUUUGUUGUUUAACCACAUAUGACAUGCCUUUGGUAUUAUUCUUGCUGCGGGCUGGUUGGAAUUGGAAGGAUUAAAAAAACAAACAAAAAAACAAUAGCACCCUUAGAUUUAAUUGUUUGCCUUUACUUGUGAGUGGGCAUGCAUGCUUGCUUCUUCCACCAUUCAAAUAACAAAGCUUUUUUUGUUGUUGUUGCUA